AUGGUCCACGUACAUCUUGCCUCCCACCACCAUGACGUCGAACGGCAUUCGGCUCCCACCCACGAUUCAUCAGGCAUCCUCAACCUUCCUGGUCCGACCCUCAACACAAGCAGGUCGCCGAAAGGCUCCUCGAACAAGACAGAAGGACGCACCACUGCUUUGGGGAAGGGUUGCUUUCACAACCAUCUUAGUCACCACAUCCUCGUGGCAUAUGACCUCGGUGCAUCCAGCGCACUUUUGGAAAAGGUAUACGAGGCCGAGGCCAAAGACGAGACCGCCGACAUCCUUUCAUUCGGAAGACAGGACGGCGAGGUCUUGGUCACGCCUGAGGAAAUCACGACGAAGACCUGGACUGACUACCUCGGAAAUGACAAAGCAUAUGCUGCGCUUCUUACCUUCUUCGAGAGCCAGGCCCUCGAACAAUUCGUGUUCUCACCUGCUGCGAACGACAACGGCGCAAAAAUGCUGGUGAGGUUUGUCGACGGCGUGUUGCAUCCUUUGAUCCAGACAGGUUAUGGUGUGGAGUUCGGAAGUGAUGUUAUGGUUGCUCAAGCAUACGACUCCGACAUCAUGCACCCCGUCAUGCCCUACGAUCCCAACGCCUUCAUCACAGCACGAUAUGCCGCGGCGUGCACCCCCGAGCGCGUCGCCGAGAUCCGCCGGCUCAGUGCGCUCUGGCAAGUCGACGCCUCCUCCCUCAUCGCUAUUGACGAAAAGGUCGAGGAACUCAUCUGGACGACGACGCUGCUCCUCGUCGGCUCCGGGCGUGCAGGGCGCAAGCCGCGCCUCGACUUCUUCCUCAUGCACUUCCUCAACGCCUCCCUAUUCGUGCCCUCGCUCCUCGCCGCGAUCCCGUCCACGCAAAGCAAGGCCGCCCUCCUCCGCGCGCUCGUCCCCGCCCUCCUCGUGACGCUGCUCAUCCGCGGGCGCCCGCGCAUCGACGCCACGCUCGCGAUGUCCUACCACGCGGUGCCGCGCCCGCCUCCCGUCGCGGCCAACGGCGUCAACCCGCCGAAGCCGGCGGUCCGCGUGCUCUACUAUGGGGCGCAGCGGUACGGACGAACACCCCCGGGCGGCGUGAUUGGCGCGUUCGAUACGAACGGCAGGGAGACGCACCCAGGGAUGGCGAAGCUGGAUGGCUCUCUGUUCGUUCGCGCCGCGGGCGUGGUUAUGGACACGCUCGGUUGGGUGACACACGGGCAGAAGACUGGGUCUUGGGAUAGGAGUGCGCUGGGAUGGGAUGAUGCUUGGAAGAACGGAGCGUAA